AUGGAGAAAUUCUCGUACAACUCCUAUCCAGAUUCGACUGACUCGUCGCCGAGAUCUCGCGAAAUCGAUUUCGACAACCCGCCGCCAUGGGAUGAUCAGAACCAGCAGCCGCAGCCGCAACAGAGCUACAAGGUGAAGUUCAUGUGCAGCUACGGCGGCAAGAUUCAGCCGCGUCCUCACGAUAACCAGCUCACUUAUGUAAACGGCGAGACAAAGAUUCUCUCCGUCGAUCGCGGGAUCAGAUUCCCCGUCCUAGCUUCGAAGCUCUCCGCCGUAUGCGGAGACAGCGGCGGGGACGUUCUGUUCAAGUAUCAGCUUCCAGGGGAAGACCUAGACGCCUUGAUCUCCGUUACCAACGACGACGAUCUGGAGCACAUGAUGCACGAGUACGAUCGCUUGCUUCGUAUGUCGUCCAAGCCUGCGAGGAUGCGUUUGUUCCUCUUCCCGGUUUCCUCCGGUUCCGUCGGGUUUGGAUCGGAGGGCUCGACUCAAUCGGACCGGGAUCGGUUCGUGGAGGCGCUGAAUACAGUUCGCACCCGGCCCGAAUCGGAGAAGCCCGUAACCGCUCCUUCGAAUAAUGCGGAUUUUCUGUUUGGAUCGGAGAAAAUCGCAGCUCCGCCGCCACCACCGCCUGAGGUAAUCCUACCGGUGCCGGUGGCGCUGGAGCCUCCUAUAUUCAAUGAUCCGCGAGUGAUUCCACCGGAUCACGGCGUAAAUCCGGCGGAAAUUCAAAGACAAAUGCAUGACUUUCAGAGGAUGCAGAUUAGGGAUCAGGAGCAACAGCAAUUACUUCAACAACAGGAAGCUGUAUACCGGAGGAAGAGCGAAGACGGUCUACUGGAAACCGGAGGUUACUUCUCUCCGCCGUACGCCCAAAACCCGCCGCAACCGACGAUUCCUCAAACCAAUCCACCUGCUCCUCCGAUGACUUUCUGGCAAGGAAACCACAAUCCAGGAGGCGUAUUUCCAACAACCGCGCCAGGAUUAGGAUUACCGGAGCAGCAGCCGGUUUACAUGAUCCCCUCUCCAUCUCCAUCUCUACAUCCCGGGACUGUAUACCACGCGCCACCCCCACCGCAACCGCAAGGCGUCAUAAGACCAAUAGCUACAGGACAAGUAAACCAAGGCGGUUACUAUCCUCCGGUACAGCAGCGAAUGUUUUCAGAACAACACCAACCGGUUUACAACGUGGCUCAGUCUCAGCCACAACCACUUGUAGGAACAAAGGUACAACAACCUCCUCCGCCUUUUACCUCCGGUCCUCCUCCACCGCAAUACGCUGCCAUUGCGCCACCACGGCAGGUCGUUGGAUUACCGGAUACAACUACGUUUACUCAGGUAACUUACGCCGGCGGAGGAAUGGGGAAACAAGUAUACUAUACGGAGGCAGCUCCUCCACAGUACCAUGGAAUUGGCUUGCCUGUGAGUGGUAUGAACGAAUUGAGAACUGGACCGGACGGGAAGCUUGUUGCUAUGAACAUGGCACCACCGAAAGUUUCAUCGCAGAAUUCAGAUUCGGCAGUGUGA